AAUGCGCCUCAAAUUCCUGCAUCAGAAAAUAAACCACCCCCUUUACCUCCAGGACAUGAGUAUAGGCUUGAAGAAUUUCAUAUGAAUCGGUUUUUAGAUGAUGUAGAAAAGAAGCGGAACCCCAACUAUAUUAGUUAUCCAGGAACUGAAAUGGGCUCUCCUUUACCAGCAAGAUUUCUUAACCCAAUAGCAGAGAGAAAAUUCAAACUUGCAGAUCGUAUCAGGCAAAGUGCUUUUGCUGAAGAAAAAAAGUUGCAAGACCCUGAAAAUAUUGAUGAAUACAUCAAUGAUGAAUUAUCCUCUUUGUAUGGGCAAAAAAUGAGUUUAGGAGGUGUACGCAGAAAGCCACCAAAGAGACGUUCCCAUAAAAAGAAGCCGGCAAAGAGUAGGGGCAAG